AUGGCACCAGCAAAUAAGAGGAGCAAUAGCUCUUUGCCAGGAGGGUAUAGAGAAGACAGUUCGAAAGGACCUAUGCUGCGAUUCGAGGAAUCCCUUCCUAAGUUACCAGUACCGACUCUAGAGGAGACCGCAGUUCGUUACCUGAAAUCCGUCCAUCCCCUACUCUCCAACUCCGAGCUCGCAUCCACCACGAAAGCAGUUCAGGAAUUUAUAAAGCCAGGUGGGGUUGGUAGCAAGCUGCAAGAGAAGCUGCUUGCUCGCCGAGAAGACCCGAAACAUAAGAACUGGAUCUAUGAAUGGUGGAAUGAUGCAGCAUAUUUGAGCUAUCGCGACCCUGUUGUUCCCUAUGUCAGCUAUUUCUAUUCGUACCGAGAUGACAGGCGGCGGCGGGAUCCUUCCAAGAGGGCCGCGGCCAUAAGCACUGCGAUUCUAGAAUUUAAGAGCCAGGUUGACUCGGGAACAUUGGAGCCAGAAUACAUGAAGAAACUUCCCAUUUCUAUGGAGAGCUACCAAUGGAUGUUCAACUGUUGCCGUGUCCCUGCUAAGCCUGCCGAUCACCCUGCCAAGUACUCCCCAGCGGAGAACAAGCACAUUUUAGUUAUUCGCAAGAACCAAUUCUUCAAACUCUUCUAUGAGGUUGAUGGCAAGCAAUUGAACACCUCGGAGUUGGAACAGCAAUUCAAGACUAUCUACCAAAAAGCAGAGAGGGCACCUGCUGUCGGACUCCUGACUUCAGAGAACCGCGAUGUCUGGACUGAAGCGCGAGAAGUGCUUCUAAAAGCACACCCCUCAAACGCCGCAGCUCUCAAGGAUAUCGAAUCUUCUUCAUUUGUCAUUUGCUUAGACGAUGCAUCCCCAGUUACCCUCGAGGAGCGCGCCCAUCAAUACUGGCACGGCGACGGCGCAAACCGCUGGUUCGACAAACCCCUUCAAUUCAUCAUCAAUGACAAUGGCACCUCCGGCUUCACGGGUGAACACUCUAUGAUGGACGGCACACCUACGCACCGCCUAAACGACUACGUCAAUGAAGUGAUCUUCAACAACAAGCUCGACUUCUCCGACCCCACCAUCCGCUCCAGCCUCCCCGAUCCAACCCCCAUCAAAUUCAAAGUCAACAAGGAAGUGCAAGCCGAGAUUCUGCGCGCCGAAAAGGACUUCACCGAAGUCAUCGGCGCCCAUGAGUUACGCGUGCAAGCUUACCAAGGCUACGGCAAAGGUCUGAUCAAGAAAUUCAAAUGCUCACCAGAUGCGUACGUGCAAAUGGUCAUCCAACUCGCAUACUUCAAGAUGUACGGCAAAAACCGCCCAACCUACGAAUCAGCUGCGACGCGCCGUUUCCAGCAAGGUAGAACGGAGACCUGCCGUACGGUUUCUGAUGACUCUGUUGCCUUUUGCAAGGCAAUAAAUGAUUCUUCCCUCGAUCCCAAGGAAAUCGCUGCGUUGUUCCACAAAGCUGUCAAGGCGCACGUGGAAUACAUUUCUGCUGCUUCUGAUGGGAAGGGCGUGGAUAGACAUUUGUUCGGCUUGAAGAAACUACUGGGUCCUGGUGACGAAGUACCUGCUAUCUAUACGGAUCCUGCGUAUAGUUAUUCUAGCACGUGGAGAAUCUCCAGCUCACAGUUGAGCUCCGAGUACUUUAAUGGGUAUGGGUGGAGUCAGGUGGUGGAUGAUGGGUGGGGAAUUGCUUAUAUGAUUAACGAGAACAGCAUCCAAUUUAACGUCGUCUCGAAAGGCCUCGGCAGCGAGAGGAUGAGCUUCUAUCUCAAUGAAGCUGCGGGUGAUAUCAGGGAUCUACUAUUACCGACUUUGGAGCCUGCGAAGGCGAAGUUGUAG